AUGACAAUGAUUUCGCGGACACAUCUUACAAUUCACACAUCAACGCUCUUUGAUCCGAAGCGCGAGGCUUUUGUCGAAAAUGUAUCCAUUACGGUAGACCCCCAGACGGGCAGCAUCGUCUCCGUCAAGAAGCGGGCCAGCGCCGAGAUCCAAGAACUCGGGCCAGAAGAUAUAGAUCUACGGGGAAAAGUGGCAAUGCCGGGCUUCGUAGAUGCUCACACUCACAUCUUUCUCCACGACUACGAUGAACGCCCCGCAGCCGAACAGCACCGGGAUGAGAGCAUCGUCGAACGUGUAGUUCGUGCAACGAACCAUGUGCGUACUGCAUUGCUGGCAGGCUACACAACCUAUCGUGAUCUUGGGUCUGAGGCCAUGCAAAGCUUUGAUGCAAAUUUGCGCGAUUGUAUCAACCGCGGCAUCAUACCGGGCCCAAGAUUGUUCGUCGCUACUCAUCCGCUCGGCAGCACUGGUGGGUUUGAGGUUAGAACGGAGAACUAUUACGGCGGGACAAGGGCACCACCAGCCUCUGACCCGGGAGACGGACCUGAUGGCGUGAGAAAGGCACUGCGGCGGCGUGUUGCAGAGGGUGCCGAUAUCAUCAAGUUCUACGCCGACUAUCGAAGGAAGAUUAUGAGGUUUCCGCCGAGCCAGCAGCACCCAUAUAAACUCGGCAUUGAGUAUCCACCUGCGGACCCAAACCCAAACGUGCCUUUAUUCAGCCAGGAAGAGAUGGACAUGAUUGUGAAAGAGGCAAAACUGGCGGACUUGCCCGUGGCUGCACACGCAGGCGGACUCAAGGCGGCCUUGAUGGCCGUGAAAGCCGGAGUAACAUCCAUCGAGCAUGGAUUCGAUGCUACCGACGAACUUUUGGCCUUGAUGAAGUCCAAAGGCACUAUUUGGGUGCCCACCUUGGCCGCUGCAGAGACAUUCAGCAAGGCCGGAAUUCAGGGUCUCUUGGCGCAAACCAAAAAGGCCCACGACUAUGGAAUACGUCUGGCAGCCGGUGGAGAUACUGGAGUCUUUUCCCACGGACGAGGUGCCAGGGAAAUGGAAUUGAUGAUUGAAGCUGGCAUCAAGCUUGAAGAUGUGCUUGAAAGUUGCAUGGUAGGGGGAUGGGAGAGCUGUGGCAAAGAUCAGUGUGGCUACCGUUUUGGUUGGUUUGAAAAGGGUAACCGAGCGGAUAUCAUUGCUCUGCAAUCAGAUCCCAGAGUAGACAAGAGUGCACUGCGGCGGGUUGACUUCGUGAUGAAGGACGCGAAGAUUUGGAAAAAGGACGGCGUCGCAGUGGGCAUGGUUGAGAAUCAUUUCCCAUGGUGA